AUGGCAAUAGGAGUAGGUUUGGGCUCAGGUAUAGGAUUACUACUUCUAUUAUCAACUUGCUUUUGGUUGUGCAAGUUUCAUGAGAAGAGAAAAAAUAAGAAGCGCAAACAAAAGUUCUUCGAACGAAAUGGUGGACUCUUGCUACAACAACAAAUAUCAAAUGAUGAAGCUAUUCUCGAAAGAACACGACUUUUCACUUCUAAAGAACUAGAGAGAGUAACUGAUCAUUUCAAUGAAAGUCGAAUACUUGGUAAAGGAGGCCAAGGGACCGUGUAUAAAGGUAUGUUGUCUGAUGGAAAAAUCGUAGCGAUAAAGAAAUCAAUCUUAAUAGAUGAAAACCAAGUGGGACAAUUCAUUAACGAGGUUGUCAUGCUUUCAAAAAUCAUUCAUAGGAAUGUUGUUAUGCUAUUAGGAUGCUGCCUUGAAACAGAAGUUCCUUUACUAGUUUAUGAAUUCAUUUCCAACGGAACUCUUUUUGAUCAUAUCCAUGAUGAGAAAGAUGAAUUCCAAUUCACAUGGCAUCAUCGUUUGAAAAUUGCUAUAGAAGUUGCAGAAGCACUUGCGUAUCUUCAUUAUGCAACUUCUAUUCCCAUCUAUCACAGAGACAUUAAGUCAUCCAAUAUACUUCUUGAUGAAAUAUAUGUAGCCAAAGUUGCCGACUUUGGAACUUCAAUGUCAAUUGCAGCGGAUCGAACUCAUCAAACUACCUUAGUAAAAGGGACAAUGGGAUACCUAGAUCCAGAGUACUUUCAAUCAAAUCAUUUUACAGGAAAGAGUGAUGUUUACAGUUUUGGAGUUGUUCUUAUCGAGCUCUUGACUGGACAAAGACCAAUAUCUUUGGAUAGAAUAGGAGAGCAAAGAAGUUUAGCAACAAGGUUUUUGUUAUGCAUGGAAGGAAAAAAUCUUGAAACAAUUCUUGACACCAAAGUUUUACAUCAAGGUAACAAAGAAGAGAUUAUUGCGGUGGCCAAAGUUGCACAAAGGUGCUUAAAUUUGAAUGGAAAGAAAAGGCCAACUAUGAAAGAAGUAGCCAUGGACUUGGAGAGUGUUAGAAUGUCUCAAAAACCCUCGACCAGUACUUCUGAAGUGAAAAAUCAGGGUGUACAAUUGCAGGAGUCCAAAUCAAUAUUGGUCUUGGAUUAUGAUUACAAAUGGACAAGUACUAGUGACAAUGCCAUUCCAUCAUUAGACACUUUUCCACUAAAGAUUCACUCAGUUUUGAUGUCCUUCAGUGGUUUCUAA